AUGAGUGGAGAAUAUAGAGGCAGAGGAUUUGGAAGAGGAAGAUUUCAAAGCUGGAAAAGAGGAAAAGGUGGUGGGAACUAUUCAGGAAAGUGGAGAGCAAGACAACAUGGAGCUCACCUGACUAAAGCCACGGAGAAGCAUACUCCAGAACACACCCCACAGUCUUUGUUACUUCAGUCAACUUUGGAUCAGUUCAUACCAUAUAAAGGCUGGAAGCUUUAUUUCUCAGAAGUUUACAGUGAUAGCUCUCCUUUUAUUGAGAAGAUUCAAGCAUUUGAAAAGUUUUUCACAAGACACAUUGAUUUAUAUGAUAAGGAUGAGAUAGAAAGAAAGGGAAGUAUUUUGGUGGAUUUUAAAGAACUGACAAAAGAUGAUGAGAUCACUAAUUUGGUACCAAAUAUAGCUAGUGAGCUAAGGGAUACACCGGAGAAAACCUUGGCUUGCAUGGGUCUGGCAAUACAUCAGAUAUUAACAAAGGACCUUGAAAGGCAUGCAGCUGAAUUACAAGCCCACGAAGGCUUGCCCAGUGAUGGGGAGACAAUGGUAAACGUGCCGCACAUUCAUGCAAGGGUGUACAACUAUGAGCCCUUGACACAGCUAAAGAAUGUUCGAGCAAACUUCUAUGGAAAGUACAUUGCGCUAAGAGGAACAGUGGUUCGAGUCAGUAAUAUAAAGCCUCUUUGUACCAAGAUGGCUUUUCUGUGUGCUGCAUGUGGAGAAAUUCAGAGUUUUUCUCUGACAGAUGGAAAAUAUAAUCUUCCCACAAAGUGUCCCGUGCCUACAUGUCGAGGGAAGUCUUUCACUGCUCUCCGCAGUUCUCCUCUCACAGUUACGAUGGACUGGCAGUCGAUCAAAAUCCAGGAGCUCAUUUCUGAUGAUCACCGAGAAGCAGGUCGAAUUCCCCGAACAAUAGAAUGUGAGCUUGUUCAUGAUCUUGUGGAUGGCUGUGUCCCAGGAGAUACAGUAACUAUUGCCGGAAUUGUCAAAGUCUCCAGUGCUGAAGAAGGUUCUCGAAAUAAGAAUGAUAAAUGCAUGUUCCUUCUGUACAUUGAAGCAAAUUCUGUUAGCAAUAGCAAAGGACAGAAAACAAAGACAUCAGAGAGUGGAUCUAAGCAUGGAGCAUUGAUGGAGUUCUCACUUAAAGACCUUUAUGCCAUUCAGGAGAUUCAAGCGGAAGAAAAGCUGUUUAAACUUAUUGUCAACUCUCUUUGUCCUGUCAUUUUUGGUCAUGAGCUUGUUAAAGCAGGUUUGGCAUUAGCACUCUUUGGAGGAAGCCAGAAAUAUGCAGAUGACAAGAACAGAAUUCCAAUUCGAGGAGACCCACACGUCCUUGUUGUUGGAGAUCCAGGCUUGGGAAAGAGUCAGAUGCUACAAGCAGUGUGCAACAUUGCUCCACGUGGUGUCUUCGUUUGUGGUAAUACUACCACCACCUCAGGUCUGACAGUCACUCUUUCAAAAGAUAGUUCCUCUGGAGAUUUUACUUUGGAAGCUGGUGCCCUGGUACUUGGUGAUCAAGGUAUUUGUGGAAUAGAUGAAUUUGAUAAGAUGGGAAAUCAGCAUCAAGCCUUGCUAGAAGCCAUGGAACAGCAAAGUAUUAGUCUUGCUAAGGCUGGAGUGGUUUGUAGCCUCCCUGCAAGAACUUCCAUUGUUGCCGCUGCGAAUCCAGUUGGAGGACAUUAUAAUAAAGCCAAAACAGUUGCUGAAAAUUUAAAAAUGGGGAGUGCCCUAUUGUCCAGAUUUGACUUGGUCUUUAUCCUGCUAGACACUCCAAAUGAGGACCAUGAUCACUUACUCUCUGAACAUGUGAUUGCAAUAAGAGCUGGCAAGCAGAGAACUGUUAGCAGUGCCACAGUAGCUCGUAUGAAUAGUCAAGAUUCAAAUACCUCUGUACUUGAAGUGGUUUCUGAUAAACCAUUAUCAGAAAGAUUAAAGGUGGUCCCUGGGGAAACAAUAGAUCCCAUUCCCCACCAGCUAUUGAGAAAAUACAUUGGUUACGCCCGCCAGUAUGUCUAUCCAAGGUUGUCUACAGAUGCUGCUCAAGUUCUUCAGGAGUUUUAUCUAGAACUCCGGAAACAGAGCCAGCGGCUAAAUAGCUCACCAAUAACUACCAGGCAGCUGGAAUCUCUGAUUCGUCUAACAGAGGCACGAGCAAGGUUGGAAUUGAGAGAGCAUGCAACCAAAGAAGAUGCUGAGGAUAUAGUUGAAAUUAUGAAAUACAGCAUGCUAGGAACUUACUCUGAUGAAUUUGGGAACCUAGAUUUUGAACGUUCACAGCACGGUUCUGGAAUGAGCAACAGGUCAACAGCGAAAAGAUUUAUUUCUGCUCUCAAUAACAUUGCUGAAAGAACUUACAGUAAUUUAUUUCAAUUUCAUCAACUUCGAAAGAUCGCCAAAGACAUAAACAUUCAGGUUGUUGAUUUUGAAAACUUUGUUGGAUCACUGAAUGACCAAGGUUAUCUCUUGAAAAAAGGCCCAAAGGUUUAUCAGCUUCAAACUAUGUAAAAUAUUUUACCAAGUAGCACCUCUAGGGUUUAUUAGCAGUUUAAGCCAUUUCAGUAAUAAUAGGC